AUGACGAAUCCGGAUUCUGUCAAUGCUAUUACCUUGCAGCAACACAAAGGGACGGACCAGGCGUGGGCCAAGAGAGCCUUACCUUCGUCCGACACCUCCAUUGUUGUUUCGGGUGGUAGCCCUGAAUCCCGACGCCGAAAGCGACGCAGGCAUGGCAGCUUAAGUCGCAUCACGCCCCCAUCGACUUCAUCAUCUGUGACUUCGUCCUUUGUUCCGUCGACUUCUAGAUCUGCCGCUUCACCAUCUGCCCCCGACCCACAUGGGGAUGAGAGAAAUAUAGAACGCCAGACAGUGCUACUGUAUACAGAACAGAUUGCAGAAAUCGACACAUCUCAAUUCGACAUCGCCACAGCCGAUGGGUUUUAUGUCGAAUACUUGAUACAGAAGCAGGAGGAGGAGUCUCAUCCUAUCGAGAGUCAUGACGAGGCUCAAUAUGUGGCUUUCGACGAUGAUGAUGCCACUACAGUCAUUCCAACAGGACCAUCAACAUUUGAAGAAAACGGUGGGUUCCAAGUUGGUAUCCAACCUGCAAAGUCGCAUGAGGUCGAUAUACGGUCUCUCCCCAACGAAAUGACCAGGACAUGGGUGAAGCCGACAGUGCGCUUCCAAUACAGAACAACUGACCGACGGCUCCCAUCACCAGACGAGGACUGUCUAUCGAGAACAUAA